UAUCUCGUAACAGUGAACAUUAAAAUUCACGUAAGCCGUUACGUAGUUUCAGCACCGAUUUUUUUUGCCCACGAUAUUGUACGAUGGCAGCAAUAAAUAAAUUAACAGUUUUGACUCGUAGUUUGAGUUCCACAACUCAAAAGGUCAAACUUCCCGUACAAGUAUUUGGGUUGGAGGGUCGAUAUGCUACCGCACUCUAUACGGCCGCUACUAAGUUGAAUCAGCUUGAGCAAGUUGAAAAAGAUUUGAGCGCCAUUCAAGUAACACUUAAGAGUGAUAAAAAUUUUCGUGAACUAAUGGCAAAUCCUAUUAUUAACAAAAACGCAAUGGCUACGGCACUAAAACAAACUGCUGAAAAAAUGCGUAUGGCUCCAGCAACUGGCAACUUGCUCGGUCUUUUGGCUGACAACAGACGACUUAAAAAGUUAGACACAGUUGCAAAUGCCUUUAAAAUAAUAAUGGCAGCACAUCGGGGAGAAGUUGUGUGUGAAGUCGUUUCUGCCAAACCACUUGAUGCCGGACAGAACAAGCAAUUGGAGGGUGCCCUUAAAGCAUUCUUGAAACCAAACCAAACUUUAAAAAUAACUUCACGUGUAGACCCUGCUAUUAUUGGGGGGCUAAUUGUAUCAAUUGGUGAUAAGUAUGUUGACAUGAGCAUUGCUGCCAAGGUUAAAACGUACACCGAUAUUAUUUCUUCAUCAGCUUAAGAAAACAUAGUUCUGCAAAUGGUACAGAUUGGUUAAACUCAUAUUUGAAUUAUACUAUAACUGUCGGUAUACUAGAAUUUUGAAAAUUAAUAAAGUUUAAAUAAAAACAAUAAUUAAAUUAUAAUUUUUGUUUAUUUUUGCUUUUAAAUAAAAUAAGCAGGAAUAAACUCCUUUCC